CUACUGUUUGGGCAAUAGUAGUGCUAUGUCCGUUGUUGGGAGUUACUUACGUAACCGGUCUGUUAACUUUCACAGGGCAGAAUAUAAUUUGGGAAUUUGUCUUUGUCUCCCUCAACGCAUUCCAGGUGAGUAGCCCCCCCCCCCUCCUUUUUUGUUUGUUCAAUCAGUAGAUCUAAGUAUGACAAAAAAGGGUUGGGUUUGUCAAAGGCAAGUCAGUGGAUCUAAGUAUGACAAAGAAGGGAUGGAUUUGUAAAGGCAAGUCAGUGGACCUAAGUAUGACAAAGAAGGGUUGGGUUUGUCAAAGGCAAGUCAGUGGAUCGAAGUAAGACAAAGAACUGUAGGUUUGUAAAAGGCAAGUCAUUUGAUCUUAGUAUGACAAAGAAGGGUUUGGUUUGUCAAAGGCAAGUCAGUGGACCUAAGUAUGACAAAGAAGGGUUGGGUUUGUCAAAGGCAAGUCAGUGGACCUAAGUAUGACAAAGAAGGGUUGGGUUUGUCAAAGGCAAGUCAGUGGAUCUAAGUAUGACAAUGAAGGGUUGGAUUUGUCAAAGGAAAGUCAGUGGAUAUAAGUAUGACAAAGAAGGGUUUGAUUUGUCAAGGGCAAGUCAGUGGUUCUGACUAUGGGAAAUAAGGGUUGGGUUUGUCCAAGGUACGUAAGUUGAAAGAGGACGACUGGAUAACAAAUGGAGACACUUGUGUCCCUUUCUCCCGUAUUCAUGACAUGAAGACCAAGUCAGCAGCUUGUUUCACCUGUGCAUGUGGGAUUUUUUUUCCAUGUGCCAUUCACACUAUCAAUCUCAACAUGUUUAUGUUUCCCACACUAAGUUCAAAGUAGACGCAGUGGAUAUUAUUUACUAUUUUAAAAGUUUGCUGGCUUCAUCACAAUAUUUUUUGUACUUAGAAAAAGUUCACAUUGUUUGUUAACAAGUUUUAACUCAAUCGAAUAGAUUGAGUUUAAUAUUUAUUAUUUUUUUAUCACAUUUAUCAAAUACGUGAAGUUUCAUAUUUAUUAAUUUUUUUCACACUAAUCAUAUAAGGGAAUUUAAAUAUGCAGUAAACAUUUCACUUUAUCCAACUAGUUGAAUUUGUUAACAUUUGUAUUAUAUCUUCCUUUGACUCAAUUCAUCAAAAUAAAUAUUUUUAUAAAUUAACAUUUAUUAAUAUUACUACCAAAGUAAUAUUUAGUUGUUUUUUGUAUUAUUUUUGUUUUGUUUUUUGUGUUGUUAUUUUUUUGGUCAUAUUUUCCUUUUAGUAAGAAACCAUUAUUAAAAAUUUAUUUUUCAUUGUUUAUUUAUUUUUAAAAUUGUAAUCCUUUUAGUCAACAAAAUGAUGCCAUUAUUAAAAAUUAAAAAAAAAAAAAGAUAAUAAUGAGCUGACAUUAAUAUUAACUUAAAAGUUAUUUAUAAGAUUAAUUUCUUUGAUACAAAGGAAAAUAAAACUAAUAGACAAAGAAAGUAAUCCUGACAAGGCGACAAUUUAAAGUAUUUUAUAACAUUGAAAGAAAUUGUUUAUACUUUUUUUGUAUUGUUCUCUGAUACAUUUUGUACGUUUUGUGUGAGACGUAUAUUUCAAUGCUUAGAAAAACAUUUUUAAAAAAAAUUGAAAUGAACCUUUAUAAUAAAAAUGACAUCCAUCCAUCCAUCUAUGUUGCACUACAGCCCAUGUAGGGAUUGUCCUGCGUCACUACUUCCUUCCACUAAGACACAAGAAUGCGUUUUUUCUCAUGCUUCGAUUCCCAUCCGCUGCAGAUCUUUUUUCCACAUCAUACAUUCAUCUAAACCUCAGUCUGCCAUUAAGCCGUUUUCUUCUGGGGUUUUGGUGAUGUACCCUCAGCUAACCGCUGUCAUUUGGAAUUCGUUCUAAGUGUCCUGCCCUAAUUUGUUUUCUUAUUUAUGCUACCAGCAUUAGAUCCUGAUACAAACUUGAACAUUCCUGUUUGUUUCGUAUUCUCCAUCCAUAUUCAUCCUUUGUUGUUCCAUAUAUUUGAGGUGAAAUUUUCUUUACCAUGUGUUUAAAAGGAUUUCAGCGGUUUUUGAUAGGGUCAAAGUUUUAUUUGCGUAUCAUACGAAUAAUCUCAUGACUGUUUUAUAAAUGGUUUUAUUUGUUUUGUCUUCUAAUGUUUUGACUUUGGAAUAUUUGAUUACUACCAACGUAUGCCCUGUUUACCGCUGAUAUAUUUGUUUCUCUUUUAUUUCUAUGAGUAAUUCGCUUCUUUUAUUUAUUUAGUUUCCUAGGUAUUUGAAUUGAUUUACAUUUUCAAAAGUGUGAUCUUUAAAUUUUAAUGGAUAAUUUGUCUGCUCUUCUCUUAUCGAAGCCAUGCAGAACUCUCCUUGCAGUGAUGCGUGUUUUAAAUCCACAAAUGCUGUUAAAAUGUCUUUAUUACUUUUCCCAAACAUUGCUACGUCAUCAGAAGUAUAAAAGAUUCUGAUCGGUUUGAUUGUCGAGGGUGCCCAUUGUUGCGGGUCUUGGAUUCCCCUCAGAAAGUAUCCUGUUAUUGUUCCUUGAGGUGUCAAUAUGUGUGCAUCUUAUAACUCUUUCUAAUGUUAUGAUAAAUAGCGUACAUGACAGUGACCCUCCUUGGCUUUGGCCUCGUAUAAUCUCAAAUUUACUUGAAAAUUCUCCCUGAAACUUGAUUUUUGCUUUUUGAUUUCUUUAAUAUUAUAUAUAUAUCAGACUUGUCAAUAUGUUGGGUAUGCCAAACUCUUGUAGAGUCUCACAUGGAUACAAAAUUGAUGUCAUAGGUCAUUGUAUAGUCCGCAUAUAGUCGAUGUCCUGGGCAAUGUACCCUCUAAGCUUUGCUGGUUCGUGUGCGAAAUGAUACAGUUGUGUGAAAAGUUUUACAGCAUCAAUUUUUGUGUGCAAAAUUUUAAAGCCCAUAAACACUCACUUACAUGGAAAUUAGCUGCGCGGUUCUCAAAACUGCAGCGUGGCGUCUGUGGGAUGGCAAGGAAAAGUUUUAAUUUAAAAAAAACAAUUUGUUAAUAAUUCAAUUUUUUUUAAUAACGUUCAUUUAUUUUUAAUUUCAGGGACUAUUCUUCUUCCUCUUUAACUGUUUUGGACAAAGCGACGUAAGUGAAAAUAACUUGUUUUUGUGUGUGUCUAAUCUCAUUCAUAGAAAUAGUUUGUUUUUCUUUGGUCUAAUCUGAUUCCUAUAAAUAUCAAAAUUUUUGUCUAAGCGCAUUCAUAUUGAUGCAUAGUUUUUACCUAAUUUCAUUCAUAUAUGUGCGGAACAAUAAAUGUCAAAGUCUUGAAGUGCUGGAGAGGAACAUUUUUUACCAAUGGGACACAAACAAUUCUUAUUGAAGUCUAAAUUAUUCCACUGAAAUGAAGUUAAAAGAACAAUUAAAAUGAGAAAAUGAUGCAAUCAGUGUUACUAAUGACUAUAAUGUAUUUAUAAUUUCAGGUUCGAAAUGGCCUGAGGGAAAAAUACAGGCGCUUCCAUUCAAGGCAAUUUGUCAGCCCAUAGAAGCCAGGCAGAAAGUGUAAGUAUCAAAUAACCCAUAAUUCUUCUUAAAUUCUUUGAAUAUGUGUUCUAUCAUUUAAUCCGUUCUAACAGUUUUAAGAUCCAACAUCUCUACAAUUUUUUAUUUGUUUCUUUUCUCAAUUUUAGACAAAAUGUCAUAGUAGAAUUAAAAACAAGAUGAUUAAUUUUGAUAUAAAAACUUUGACCUUUGAUACUUUCUAACUUGUUAUUAUAUUUUGAAUAAUAAAUAAAUCUUCAAUUUUACUAUGAAGACUUUCUAAUGACCAACAAAUGAGUUUUAGCAAUAACAUUUAAAUAUUAUGUAAUGCUAUUUUUGAAAAAUAAAAUCCCUUGUGCCAAUCACCUUCAUUCUGAGCUAACCUCAAAAGAAAAGUUAGUUUUACAAAGUGUAACAUGUUCUGUGCACAUUUGUUUGAAAUAUGGGGAAGGUUUAUUCAAGUUUUUACUAAUAGGGGUUUAACUUGACUAUUGUGUAAUCAAGUAACUUAGCGUGUAUUUUCUAUGCAAUUGUGCCAUUUCAAAAUUUUAAAAUCUAUCUCCCCUUUAUUUUUCUUGAUCAUUAAGAAAAUCUUCCUUGAUAUACAUUAAUUUAUCUAACAAAAUCCAAUACUUCAUUGUUGAAUAGUUAAGACACAUCUUUAAAAAUGUUCCAUAUUUUUAUUAACUUUUUAAAAAUUUUAAUAGCCUACAUCACUUGUGGUCAAAAUGUGUUAGAAUUUCCAGAAUGUAUCCCAAGUCCAGGAAAUUAUUGAUGUUUCUUCUUAACUUUUCCAGACCUAUGGAAGAAGAUGGCUGUUGGAGUGACAUCACGUUCAGAAGCAUUAAUUUCCCAUAAUCAAUCAGCACUUUAAACUGAUGAGAGUCUUCAAUCAAAUUUGAG